GUUGAUGAUAAAGCGUAUAUUUUGACAUUUAAUCUGACGUUCCUAAUAAAAUCUCGAACUGAACUCAAAUCGUUCCAAAAAGCUGAUUUUAUUUUUGUAGUUUCUAUAAAGCAAAUAGUAUUAAAAUGGAAGAAAUUGGAAUAAUUCUACCUGAAAAAGAUGACCAGAUCGUGGAUACAAAGACAUUUUCUGGCCCUCAGUCUUUCGAUGAACUCGAAUCUGAAGAUUUAUACACAAAAUACAAGAAACUGCAGCGCAUGCUCGAAUUUUUGGAAGUUCAAGAAGAGUAUAUAAAAGAUGAACAGAGGAACUUGAAGAAAGAGUACCUUCACGCCCAGGAGGAGGUGAAGAGGAUUCAGUCCGUGCCACUGGUCAUCGGCCAGUUCCUAGAAGCUGUUGAUCAAAACACUGGAAUAGUGGGAAGCACAACAGGGUCUAACUACUAUGUCCGCAUCCUGUCGACUAUAGACCGGGAGCUGCUGAAGCCCUCAGCAUCAGUCGCCCUGCACAAACACUCUAAUGCGCUGGUGGAUGUGCUACCUCCAGAAGCAGACAGCUCUAUUUCUAUGCUUCAAGCAGACGAGAAGCCGGACGUGCAGUACUCGGACAUAGGCGGCAUGGACACGCAGAAGCAGGAGAUCCGCGAGGCGGUGGAGCUGCCGCUGACGCACGUGGAGCUGUACCGGCAGAUCGGCAUCGAGCCGCCGCGCGGCGUGCUGAUGUACGGGCCGCCCGGCUGCGGCAAGACCAUGCUGGCCAAGGCCGUGGCGCACCACACCACCGCUGCGUUUAUUCGCGUGGUGGGGUCAGAGUUCGUGCAGAAGUACCUGGGCGAGGGCCCCCGCAUGGUGCGGGACGUGUUCCGCCUCGCCAAGGAGAACAGCCCCGCCAUCAUCUUCAUCGACGAGAUAGAUGCUAUCGCUACCAAGAGAUUCGAUGCCCAGACUGGUGCAGACAGAGAAGUUCAGAGGAUCCUGCUAGAACUCCUCAAUCAAAUGGAUGGCUUCGAUCAGACCACAAACGUUAAGGUGAUAAUGGCCACAAAUCGCGCUGACACUCUGGACCCCGCUCUUCUAAGGCCUGGUCGUUUGGACAGAAAAAUCGAAUUCCCUCUGCCUGACAGACGUCAAAAGCGUCUGAUCUUCUCGACGAUCACGGCGAAGAUGAACCUGUCGGAGGAGGUGGACCUGGAGGAGUUCGUGGCGCGGCCCGACCGCGUGUCCGGCGCCGACAUCAACGCCAUCUGCCAGGAGGCCGGCAUGCACGCCGUGCGCGAGAACAGAUAUAUUGUGCUGCCCAAAGAUUUUGAAAAGGGUUACAAGAAUAAUAUUAAGAAGGACGAAAGUGAAUACGAAUUUUACAAAUAAGUUUUUCUCAUACCUCUAUUUCUGUAUUUAAUAAAAUGUAUUCUAAUUA